GACGUCAAGGGUUUUAGUCGUUGACCAUUUAUCCUCCUCUUUCCAGCCAUGCUUGGGUCGAGAGCUCUGUUCCGCACCAGAAUCUGGAACCAUGCUCUCUUUCCGAAACGUUCUGGAAACUUCCGAGCGAGUUUCUCGACGAAACGUGUCGGGACGCAUAAUGGAACUUUCCACUGCGACGAAACCUUAGCUUGCUUCAUGCUUCGCCUCUCCACCAGGUUCUCCGGUGCCCAGAUCGUCCGUACCAGAGAUCAUCAGGUAUUGGAGAAGCUUGAUGCGGCUCUUGAUGUUGGAGGUGUGUAUGAUCCAGAGAGUGAACGUUAUGACCAUCACCAGAAAGGCUUCACCGAAGUGUUUGGACAUGGGUUUAAUACUAAACUCAGUAGUGCUGGGCUUAUCUAUAAGCACUAUGGCUUGGAGAUAAUUGCUAAGGAGCUUGGGCUUGAUCGGAACCAUCCUGAUGUGCAGCGUUUGUUUCUAGCUGUGUACAAAAACUUCAUUGAGGCGGUGGAUGCUAUUGACAACGGAAUCCAUCAGUAUGAUACUGAACAGUCUCCAAGAUAUGUAAACAACACAAGCCUGGCGCGUAGGAUUGGAAGGUUGAACUUAGACUGGACUGAGCCUGAUCAGUCUAGUGGCAAAGAAGAUGAAGCCUUUCAUCGAGCAAUGGAACUUGCUGGCUCUGAGUUCUUAGAGUGUGUUCGUUUUCAUGCGAAAUCAUGGUUGCCAGCUCGGUCAAUUGUUAUGGAGUGUCUGGCAGAACGUCAUAAUAUAGACUCCAGUGGAGAGAUCGUGAAGCUCCGUAGACAAUGCCCAUGGAAACUCCAUAUAUUCGAGCUCGAGGAAGAGAUGAAGAUUGAUCCUCAAAUAAAAUAUGUUUUGUACCAGGAUGAUAGAAGCGAAAACUGGAGAAUCCAGGCGGUUUCGGUUUCACCAGACAAGUUUGAGAGCCGUAAAGCUUUGCCAAUUUCAUGGAGGGGCCUAGAAAGGGAGAAGCUCUCAGAGGAAAGUUCAAUUCCGGGAUGCGUGUUUGUGCACAUGAGUGGUUUUAUUGGUGCAAACCGGAGCUAUGAAGGUGCUUUGGCAAUGGCAAGAGCCUCUUUGAUUGCUUAGUUUCAAUGUAUAAAACCAAAAGAUGGAGUUCUAGUUCUUUGGUUUGAACCGGUUUACAGACAUACAAUUUAGAAUCUCUCAAUCUGAGAGGCUGUAGCUAAAAUCAAGUAACACUAUACAUUUUUUGGACAUAAAACAAAUUGUGAAAAUAUUCAUGCUUCA